GACCCUCUCCUUCUGAGCAUAUUAUCGCAGAGCAGGGAGGAAGCAGGAGGGGGAUCGCCGUCCGGAGCCGCCACUCUAGAAGAUCUUUGGACCGACAGAAGGAGAAGAACAAGGACGGAGGGGGAAAAAAAAACAUCUGGAAAAGGAUGAGGAUGUCCUGUCUGCGUUGGCUGUUGAUGGCGGCGGUGGCAUGUGUGUGCGUCCCGGGGCUUGAGUCGGUGUGCUGGAACAGCUCCACAUGCAACAACCUGAGCAACGAGCAAAGGAUCAGGGACUGUAUUCGCCUCUGCAUACCUAAGAUCCAGGAGGAACUGCGACAGCUCAGUGCUCUGGCCCAGAAGGUUGAUGACAGUGACCUCGUGCUCAGCAUCCUCCUGGCCAUCCUGUCCUCCUCUGAAGACAGGAUGUCGGAGUCAGGUCCGAGCCACAGUGACGAGCGACGCUCCUAUUCAAUGGAGCACUUCCGCUGGGGGAAACCCCCCGGCCGCAAACGCCGGCCCGUCAAAGUAUUUGCGUCGUCUCUGGAGGGAGGGGGCUCCUCUGAGGGAAGUUUUCCACUCAAGGUUCGCAGGCAACUGGGUAUGAAGGAGGGUGAAGUAAAGAGGGACCUGAAUUCAGAGACUCAACAGAACCAGGGACUGCAGAGGGAAAGGGUCAGCUCCAAGGCCCAAGUCCCGUCGAGUCCACAGGACAGAAAAGGUGGGGCCUAUCGGAUGAGUCACUUCCGGUGGGGUAACCCGCUCACCUCCAAACGUGAUGGCAACUUUGCGAAGCUGUUGGGGGAGAAACCUAAGGGGCAGCUGGCGAACCUCUUCAGGAACAUUAUAUGGGAUGAAUGGAGAAGAACGCCAGAGGGUAUUUGAACGAGUCCAAUAGCUGUUGCAUGUUAUUACCCACAGGAUUUCAUUUUACCUUACGGAAACUUGUCACUAUUAUUUGCAUGUCUUUGGAUGUAUUUUCUGGGCCAAAGGUUUGUUCUUGUGAAACCCAAAUAAAGAAAAAAAACGAGACAGUUUUGUGUUGAAUAAAAGCGAUGACCUUCUUGACCUUCUUGGCCUUCUUGGCCUCGACUUGAAAACUUUUUGUUCAAUGUUUUUGUUGUUUUUUUUGUGGGUAGUGUAUUAAUUCAAAUGCUUUGAAAAAAGAACUGGACAGGGAGUGCAAGACAUGGAUAUGAAAGGCAAUGCAGUUCGGUUACAGAGUGGUAUCUUCUUUUUUUGUAAAUUCAUAUAAUAUUAAAGAUCAUUCUGUUUGUGGCAAACA